AUGGCCGCGGCCUCCGAGGCGGGCGCUGCGGACGCCCGGGCGGCGCGACCUGCGGGCGCGGAAGGUGGACACGGCAAACCUUUUACACCAGAGAAAGCGAGAGAAAUUAUAAUGUCUUUACAGCGACCUGCGGUCUUCUGCAACAUGGUUUAUGACUGGCCAGCACGACACUGGACCGCCCAGUACCUCGCUGGGGUUCUUCAGGGCAAGCAGAUACGAUUCAGAAUGGGUCUGAAAAGCACCGAUACUGUUCCUCAGUUUGAACCAGCAUGCGGUUACGUGGAUGCCACCGUUGAGGAGUUUCUGGCCUGGAAUUCUGACCAGUCUGAUCUCUGUGGUCCGUUUAAAGAUCACAGCCAUUCCAAAUUCUGGGCUUAUGCUGACUAUAAAUAUUUUGUCAGUCUAUUUGAAGACAAGACAGAUGUUUUCCAGGAUGUGAUGUGGUCUGACUUUGGGUUUCCUGGACGAAACGGGCAGGAAAGUACACUGUGGAUUGGCUCCCUGGGAGCCAAUACGCCCUGUCAUCUGGAUUCCUAUGGUUGCAACUUAGUGUUCCAGGUACAAGGAAGGAAAAGGUGGCAUCUCUUUCCUCCUGAAGACAUGCCUUUCCUUUAUCCAACCAGAAUCCCUUAUGAAGAGUCUAGCGUGUUCAGUAAAGUCAAUGUGGUCAAUCCUGAUUUCAAGUGUUUCCCUCAAUUCCAGAAAGCUCGCAGGCACGUGGUCACGCUGAGGCCAGGACAGGUUCUGUUUGUUCCCAGACACUGGUGGCAUUAUGUAGAGUCCAUUGAUCCUGUCACUGUCAGCAUAAACUCAUGGAUUGAGCUGGAGGAGGACCACCUUGCUCGGGUGGAAGAGGCGAUCACCCGCAUGCUCGUAUGUGCACUGAAAACCGCAGAGAACCCACACAACACCAGAGCUUGGUUAAACCCUACUGAGGUUGAGGAAAUAUCCCAUGAAGUCAACUGCCACUACUUAAAUGGAGCUGUGUGUGCCUUUCUUGAUCAUUCCAGAAUGUCCAAAGCAGUGAAAAUCCAGGCACUGAGAACACCAGGAGAGAACGGGAAAGAGAUCGAACACGCAUACAGUCAGAACAUAGCCACGGCAGCCUUAGAGCAGGCGACAGCAAGUCCCUUUGGCCCCGAUCUGGUCCCCGUGACACCAGGAUCUGGAGAGCCCCCUUCCGAAAGAGGAGGCAUUUUUGAAGAUGAACUUGGCAACAAACAUGAAGGGCAUCUUGGAAAAGUGUCGCCUGCCAAAAGACAACAGGAGAGGAUAAAAACUGGAAAUGUGAUGGCAGAACAGCCUUCCUCACAUAGUCCCAGGGCUCCUCAGACGGUGUCUACGGAUGACUUACUGGACUGCUUGGUGAAUCCACAAGUAACCAGGCUGGUGGCACAGCUUUUGAUACGAGGAAAAAGUUUAUGAUUCUAACGGAUUAUUUUUCAUACAGAAUUUUAAAAUACAUAUUUUAAAAUGAUA